AUGGGUAGAGACGAACUCUGCAUAACCGUGCCCAGUCUCUUUCGCUGUCCGAUCUCUCUCGACGUAAUGAACUCUCCCGUAAGUCUCUGCACCGGCGUCACAUACGAUCGCUCCAGUAUUCAACACUGGCUCGACUCCGGUCACGACACCUGCCCUGCCACUAUGCAAGUCCUCUCCUCCAAGGACUUUGUUCCUAACCUCACUCUCCGCCGCCUCAUCAACCUCUGGACCUCCACAGCCGCCGCUGCCCCCACAAAAUCCUCUGCUCUCUCUCCAGCAGUUUCGGAAGAGAAAGUUAGAAUUUGGAUUGGAGAAAUCAAGAGCGGAAAAUUUGAGAGGUCUUUGGAUUCAAUUGUGCAAUUGGUUAGUUGUGGAGAGGCGAACCGGAGGUUUUUGGUAAGUAUUGAUGGUUUUUUGGCGGCUAUUGUUGGUGUUUUGAGCACAAACUGCGUGCAAACUCGUGUUUUAGAGUCGGUUAUCAGGAUUUUAAGUUCAAGUUUGGUUGAAAAUGGAGUCAACGAGAAAGUGCACAAAUUAGUCUUCAUAUCAAAUGCUAAUUGCUUACCUUCUUUUGUUUCUGUUUUGCGAAACGGAAGUUUGGAGUCCAAGAUGGCAUGCAUCGCCGUUUUGGAAUCAAUUGCAAUAAAUAACGAAUCAAAGCGAUUCGUUACAGAAGUGGAGAACCUCUUGCCUGUUGUAAUUCACCUAAUCAAAACAGAGGACGACGACCAAGGGCUACACGAUGUCGUUUUAUCGUUUCUGAUUUCGCUUUCUGUAACUCGCUCCAUCAAGACUCAGCUAGUUCAACUCGGACUCGUUGAAGUUUUAUCUAACAUGCUGUCGAGCCAAAAUGCUGCCGUUUCUGUCGUGGAGAAGUCACUGAAGAUGUUGUCAAUGAUUUGCACGUGUGCGGAUGGACGGUCAGCGAUAAGCGUUGACCUGAAAUGCGCGGGUGCAAUAGUGGAGAGACUGAUGAAGGUAUCAAAAACGGCGACGGAGGAUGCCGUGGUGGUGCUGUGGAGCAUGUGUUGUCUGUUUAGGGAUGAGAAGGUGCUGGAGAAAGUGGUGAGGAGCAAUGGAGUGACAAAAGUAUUGUUGGUUAUGCAAAGUGAAGUAGGAGAAGGAAAUAUGAGGAGGAUCUGUGGUGAUUUGAUCAAGAUUUUGAGACUUAGGUGUAAGAACGGUGGUGGAUUUGGUGGGGUGGGGAGUUACGAGACAAAAACUACACAUAUCUUGCCUUGUUAA